AUGAACGCUGAUGUAUGUCAAACGGUGCUCAUCAAAUUGCCCAAAGAGAGCGCUGUUUAUGAUUUUUUGGAACAAGUGCAACUCUUCUACCAUCCAAUUCACACAUACAUCUCGGUGUUGAUGUGCAUUCUCGGCACAGUGGCCAACUUUUGCAAUAUCGUCGUUUUAACUAGGCGACAAAUGCGAACCCCAGUAAACAUGAUUCUGACGGCAAUGGCCUGUUGUGACACUGUGGUUCUUUUCUCGAAUCUCAUCUACACUACACAUUAUUCUUUUGUGGCUUUUAAGGAAUGUCAUCCGCGACAUUGGAGUUACGGGUGGGCUCUUUUCCUCAUCGCUCACGCGCAUUUAUCUCUCGUUGGCCACUCUUCAUCAAUCUGGCUUUCAGUGAUGUUGGCCGCGAUUCGAUAUCAGACAUUGAGAUGUCGAGGCAGUCAAAGUGGAAGACCGGUUGGUCUGAAGCACGCGUACAUCGCGAUCGCUGUCGUGAUUUGCUCGGUUGUGGCGGUGAACUCGAUCAAUUUUCUCACCUACAAAAUCCAGGAAAUGCCACUAGAUAUGACGUGCAAUGUCACCGAUCCGGCGAUCAUCAACGAGGUCGGCUACUUGCCAUUGAUCGCCGAUUUAGCGCUCGACAAUAAUUGCUUGAUUUUCCGAUUGUCUUUCUGGAUCAGUGGGACGGUGUUCAAAGUAAUCCCGUGUACUCUCUUGUCGCUUCUCGUUUGGCUUCUAUUGCGAAUUUUGAAAGAGGUGAAAGAGAAUCGUCAUCGUCUUCUGCGCGGUUCUCGUCACAAUGUCGCUCCACAAGUUAAAGCGACAAAUGGAGAAUUAGCGAAACUGCAAAGGAAUGGAAGUCAAAAAGGCAAUGGUCCAAACAAUAACAAUCCGGCUCGUGGCGGUGGAGGACACGGCGGAGAGAGAACCGAUCGAACCACACAAAUGCUCUUGGCUAUUGUGAUUGUGUUUUUGGUGACCGAAUUGCCACAGGGUAUAAUGGCGAUGUUAUCGGGUAUUUUCUCGGAUGAAUUCCGUCGACAUAUCUACAACGGUAUCGGGGAUUUCCUCGAUUUGUUUUCACUGUUUGAGGCGUGCACAUCGUUCAUCAUUUACUGCACGAUGAGCGGACAAUUCAGGAAUGAAUUCCGUCGUGUCUUUAUUCCGGAGAGAUUCUAUUGCGCGAAGAGGGGCGACAGUAUAAGAAGGCCAUCAGAUACAACAGCUUACACACGAAUGUCAUUAUUUCCGCCGAGUCGUUGCGAUGGGAUGAGCGGAUCUUAUGCCUCUCCAUCACCGGAUGAGCGUUCAAUUGCGAUCACUGUUGUCGGAUCAACGCAACAGAUUCGAAGAAACAACUCUCCGGUGAGCCCGCUUGUUCCCCGGAGUCCCACACCUCAGCCAAAGAGCACACCUCAGCCAAUACCCGAAAGUGAUUCAAAAGAUAAUGAUUCACAAGAAGAAGAUUCACAAGAGAAUAUCAAAAAAACAAAAACAUUGGCAAUGACAACGAAAAACCCGGAGCCAACUCUGGAGGGAAAAUCGCUCGAUUCGAAAGGGGAAAGCGGAGAGAAUUCCCUUUCUGAAUCGCAUUCCGAAGCUCACGAGGCGACACUUCUCCUAAAUGGUCAUCCUGUAUCAUAUUUG